AUUGUAGCCAUUGAAAAGUCUUCCUUAACUUGAAGAAGUUCAGACAAAGAUAACUCGAAUUGAACAAAGUGGGUAAGUUAUGAGUUCGACAAUUUAAAUACUAGUUUGCCUGCGCGGGUUUUCUUUCCCCAGCCUCCCAAAUUCAGAUGCAACCUCCGGCGAGAGAGGCGGCGAACCUCAUAAGCAGAGCCUUGAUCUCAUCUUCCAACAACUCGCGGCCAGCCGGCUCAUGGACGUGGUCACUCGAGCAAACCCUUUACAAACUCGGCUGUCAUGACUCUCUCAACCCUUCACUCGUUGCCCGAGUAAUCGACCCUCAUCUUCUCCGCCACCCAUCUCUUUCACUCGGUUUCUUCAACUGGGCAUCUCAGCAGCCCAAUUUUUCCCACUCCUCCAUUUCUUACCACUCCAUUCUAAAAUCCCUUUCUCUUUCCCGCCAAUUCAACUCCUUAGAGAAGCUGCUUAGAGAGGCAAAAUCUCGAAACUUGGUUGUUAAUCCUUCUUUUUACCGCCCUGUUAUUGCUUCCCUCGUCAAAUCGAAGAAAUCCCAUGAAGCUUUCAUGGUUUUGAAUGGUGGUAGUUCAUCGAUUUUCGAUAUUGGGGCGGAAACAUGUAGCUCUGUCCUUGCUGGGUUGGUGUCCGAAGGGCGUGUUGAUUGUGCACGUAAGCUGUUCGAUGAAAUGCUUGUUAGAGGUGUUAGUUUUACAACUCUUGGAAUUGGUUUGUUUAUGUGGAGUUUUUGUCGAGAUUCUGAAAUGGGUACUAUCCUAGAUGUCUUGGAUAGAGUUAGGGGUAGUGUUUCGAGGUUUGAUGGGUCCAUAGUUGCCCUUUUGAUCAUUCACGGGCUUUGCGAGGUAGGUCGGGUAUCUGACGCUUAUAAUGCAUUAGAGGAGUUGAGGAACAGAGAUUGUAAGCCUGAUUUUAUGGCUUAUAGGAUAGUUGCAGAGGCUUUUAGGUCUAAGGGGCCGGGGUGUAUCUUUGAGGUACAAGUGGUUUUAAAGAAGAAAAGGAAGCUAGGAGUGGCUCCCAGGGCAAUUGACUAUAAAGAAUUUGUAUUUACCUUGCUUUCAGAAAACUUUAUUUAUGAAGCUAAAGAGCUGGGGUUAGUGAUUUUAGAUGGAAAUUUCCCUAUAGAAGAUGAUGCUUUGAAUGGUUUGAUUGGAUCAGUAUCAUUGGUUGAUCCAUGCUCUGCUAUGUUGUUUUUCAAGUUCAUUGUGGAAAGAGAAAGAAUUCUAAAUCUUGUUACCUUGAGCAAUUUCAGUAGCAAUCUGUACAAACACGGGAAAAUUGAUGAUAUGUUAGAAGUGUUUAAUGUUUUGUCCUCCAAAGACUAUUUCACAAGCUUAGAGAGCUAUAACGUUAUGGUUUCAUCUCUUUGCGAGGCUGGAAAAGUGAGAGAAGCUUAUAACAUUCUUCAAGAGAUGAAGAAGAAAGGACUUUUCCCUGACAUCUCAUUCUAUAAUGUUCUUAUGGAAGCAUUAUGUAGAGAGGAUCUCAUCCGUCCUGCAAAGAAGCUUUGGGACGAAAUGUUUUCUUGUGGGGUUGAUGGAAAUCUGAAGAGCUACAACAUCCUUAUCAAAAAGUUUGCGGAAAUAGGUCAAAUUGAUGAAGCACAGGUACUCUUUGAUCACAUGCUUAAUAAAGGUGUGAUGCCUGAUGCAGCCAUAUAUACAUUUCUGCUCGAAUGUCUUUGUCAAGACUCGAAAUUUGAAGCUGCGAUUCAGAUUUUCUAUAAGGUUGCUGAUCAGGAUACGACAAUAGCACAUGCUAUAGUAACUCCACUUGUUCUAUCUCUUUGUAAAGGAGGUUGUUUACUGUAUGCUUCUAAAUUCUUGUGCAGUAAUUGUCACCUUGAGCAUAAAGGGUCCCAUGUAAUUUUGUUGAAAUAUCUCGCAGAGGCUAACCAGUAUGAAACUGCCAUCAACCACCUAAAACAGGUUAUGGCUGCUUCACCUUCUUUGCUGCAAGAAAUAUCAACUGAAAUUUUGGGGCUUCUUUCUUCUUCUCCCAAUCCAGAACCGAUUCUACAGCUGCUUCAAGAAAUGCAACAAAAUGAAUUUGUUCCCAUGAAUGAUCAUUGGAGAGCUUUCUCGGGGAAAUUGCUAAAUUCGGCUUCAGGUUUUAGCCACCCAUUAUAGCCUGAUUAGUCUCCAAGAAGGGAAUCAGAACUGGACAUACAAGUGUAAGCGAAAAAGUUGAUCUCUGAUGCUUCACCUUUGGGAUUCUGAACUGAAUAUUGCAUAGUUAGAUCUUUAGUGCCACCUCUUAUUUCUCACAAGUACUUCAUAUAUACUUAACAAAAGAAGAUUCCAACGUGCGAGUUGUGUCAGCCACUUCUUUACUGAUUGGAUCGUCAUCAGUUUACGACUAGCUGAGUGGUUUGGAAGUUGAUUUUGGGGUGAAAUUGGUCUCAGCUAGUGAAUCUGAAGCUAAUGCUCCAGAUGUUAUUUGUGUAGGAACAUAUAGAUGCAUAAAGCGGAAUUUCAGGAAACAAUUUCCUAACAUCUAUCACAGGAUCUCAUGCAUAACAAUAGUAUAGAUCAGAUUAAGUCGAAAGAAUAAUCACCUUUGAAGCGUGUUCUCCCGUUCGUAUGCAAGCUUCGAAGAUCUUAGAGCCCCACUUGUUGCUCUUCUACUCAGUCCACAAGCACGAAUUGAAUCCCACGUAUGCUAGUACGGCAGAGAACGAUCACAAUCUGUCUCUUGCUUUGUUUGGGAUGUACGGCGUUUAGAAAAUUAGAAUUAGGGUUUUUGUGUUUUUCUUUUUUGUCAGAUAUUGAAUGAACGUGAUUUCUAAAUCCCUGACAUUAUAACUAUUAUAAUGUGAGAGUUUUAGGUUAACACAAAACCAAAGCCCAACAUUCUUCCCUUAA